ACAGCAAGCACCCAUGCGUAAAUCAGUACGGCCGGUCUAGAGCUUACGCAAAAUAGUAUCGUAAAAGUCGUAAAACCUCAGCUUUUCAUCAUGUAAUUGGGGCCGAGAAGAGGUGGCAACUUGUGAGAGGAUAUGAAGAUGAAGACGGCCAAGUUUGCUGAAACGACAACGUAAGGAACAUGCCUUGAACGGCGGUUUAUAAUCCGAAAAAGGUUACGUGGCUAAUAUGGCGCAGUUAGAGUUGACAUAAACCCCUCCACAUACCUCUCCAAGUUAGGAUAAAAGCUCACCAAGACAACCUCUGGGUCUUAUUGGAUGUUCUCUAUGACCCUGUUUGUACCCACUUGACCACAUGUGGAUACCUUUUUUGUUUGGUGGGUGCAUCUUCACACUGCAUAGAAAACCUGUGAUCAACAACACCCAUUCAUUGAGCACCCCUGUGGGUCCAUGCUUGGCAUCUGUAGGAAACACCAUUAUUGGAAGGUUUUGUCCAGUCGAUUGAUUUUGUUUGUGUGCAUCACAUUUUGGUCUCACAGCUUCUAAUUAGAUUUCUGCUCAUCCACCUUGGCACUUUGUCGAAUCCUUUUGUUGUGGAGACUUCACUUCAGCUUUUAUGGAUAGCAUUCACACGUUUGGAUGAUUCUAUGGGUUUUCCAGUGUCAUUGCUCGUGAGAUGAAUUAUUGAAGAGGCCUAUGAUGUGUGUAAUGUAAGUCUGCUGUUCAACUUAUGAUCAGCACCAAGGUGUGUCUUCAACCAUGAGUGGACAGCUUCAAUUACUAAGCUGUAUACCAAGUAACAAAGCCAAUCAAUCUAUACAAAAUUUGGAAACCCAAAUCUUAAGGAGUGUGCACAAGCCAUCUAAGGGAAUAUCUGUGAAGGAUUAAGUGAACGUGGUUCUGAAGUUAAGUUGUUAGAAGAAUCUCCUUAAACAUAGCAGGUCUAGGACGUCUCUGAGUUUAACUUUUGAAGAAUGAACUCACUUCAGCGUCUUGGUCGGGAUGGCUCACGCACUCCCGACUUUGAAGAUCCUUAUGACUCUCGCUAUGAGACCAAAUGGGAAGCGACUAACAUCAAACCAUUCAAAACACAAGAUGAGUACCUCUAUGCGAUGGUGGAGGACCUUGCAGAGUGGCUUAAUAAUCUCUACACCAUUGACAUCAUCCCUGAGAACUUUUACGAGAAGCUUGAGAAUGGCUCGGUUCUCUGCCAGCAUGCCAACAACAUGCGAAGAGUUGCCAUCGAGUAUCGGCAAAUGCAUGGACUUAACGAAAAGGACAUGGUUAUUAAUGACAAUGACAUCAAAUUUAGAGUUGACGCUAAGGAAGGAUCUUUCAAUGCGAGGGACAACAUAAGUAACUUCAUCUCUUGGUGUCGUCACUCUCUUAACAUCAAAGAUGUUCUUCUCUUCGAGUCAGAUGAUCUUGUUCUCAGGAAGAACGAGAGGAGUUUCAUUCUGUGCCUUCUUGAGGUGGCACGACGAGGGGGCAAGGUGGGGAUGCCCGUCCCUCUCUUGGUGCAGUUUGAGGAGGACAUUGAACGUGAGAUUAACGCUGGUUUAAUGGCGUUAAACUCACAGUUAAGCACCCAAUCCGAGCCAGAUUCAGAGCCUUCAAUUGAGCCAGCUUCUCCCACCAGCUCUGCCACCACAACAGACGUUGAUCGAGAGCUUGAAUCGGGCUCUGACGCGGACCAUGAGAUGGACUCUCAAAGAUCAGACUCGCCUGAUCUGACAAGCUUGAAUGAUACUCAAAGCAGUGCUCCAGCCGUCCCGGUACGAACUCGGAAAGUGAGCCGAUCUCGGCUUCCAAAACCCAUGCAUCAACACCACAUGAAUCAGACCCUGGGCCGUGGAUCUGAUGGGUAUGCAAGUACAGACACGCCUGAACAGGAACAAGAACCUCCACCUCAGGUCAUGCUGGAAUAUGCAGUGCUCAUCUCACUUCAUGAAAGGGUACGAGAGUUGGUGAAUCAAUGCACCUGCCCCAAUCAGUUCCCAAUGGUUCGAGAAGCUGAAGGGAAAUACAGGAUUGGUGACCAGAGCACCCUCAUAUUCGUACGAAUUUUACGAAGUCACGUAAUGGUUCGUGUUGGAGGGGGUUGGGACACGCUGGAGCAUUAUCUGGAUAAACAUGACCCAUGCCGGUGCAAAGUUCACCGCUCAGGAAAUAGAAGCAGGACCAAAAGCAUCGGUAGCGACUACCGCAAAUCUCCCAAACGGAGAGUUUCAGUGGAAGGUCCAAGACUACACAGCCGCAAUCAAAGUAUUGAGUCGCUGGAUGACGUUGAAAGCCGAUCUGUUCGUAGUCCAAGCCCUCGUAUGAAACGGGAGGAUAGUAACGAAACCAUUGCUAGUCAAGACUCCAACCAAAGUACGGAACUCCAAAAUGGACAUGGUCCUCCAGUCAAACCUAAAGGUAGCUUCAACCGGAGUAGUCCAAGCAGGUCCUCUCUACAGAGUGAAAAGAGACCUUCACAGCUACCUAGACGACUCAGCCAAGCUGGUACAGGCACUGAAGAGUUUCUUAAGAAACGCAGAGAGGAACUUAAGCUAGGGAAUCAGGGAACCCCAGCACGUAGUGCACCCACAAGUCCAACCCGUCGAAGACCCCUAUCAAGCACCCAGAUAGAUUUAAAUGAGUCCAAUGUGCAAUCUGAUGUUUACAGACGUCUUGCUCUUGCAGGUGGUCGAGAGUCAGGCUCUGCUACUCUUGGUCGCCGCACACGCAGCGCAUCAGUAAAUCUGACAAUUAAUCAGCAAAAUAAAGAGGAAAUUUCUGGGAACCGAAGCAUUCCAACCUCUCCUACUCUAAGAAGAAAGCAUCGAUCCGGGUCUCUGGGUGCUACUGCAGCAAGAAUUGAAAACAAGCGACUUGCAGAUAGAAGAGACAAUUCGGUUAUUAUGAUUUCAAGAGACACUGGAGGGCGCCACAGGCUAAAGGGUAACAGUAGUGACUCAAAUGAUGUUGGGUCACAAGAUGGGUCUUCUUUAAGAUCCCCAACAGACAGUGAGAAAUCUGCCACGGAGUGUGUGACAAGACGCUUGAAAGAAAGGGAGAGGACUCGUAGUCUCUCGGUCGACAGGAGUACUGCCAGAACCAAGAUACCAUCCUUUGAUAGAGGAUCCAAGCUUAGGACUACUAUUGGUGGUACAGGAACCAACAGUAGGGUUGCAACAGGCUCUCUGUCUAGGGCAACAAGACCGGAAGGCAAAUCAGGUCAAACCGUUCAAUCUGAGAUAAGUAAAACACCUAAGGAAAGCCAUCUACAGAGAUCAGGGUCUCUAAGAAACUCUAGGACUGAUCGUCGUCUUUUUAACACCCCAGUUCGUGACCAAGAAGGAGGCUUCACUAGAAACUCACCAAGACGUCGAACCACAACUGGUAGGGAUACAAGAACCCCACGCCAGCCCAUACCAGCUGAAUUGAAUGCUGAGAACCUUGCCAAGUAUCUACAAAGUUAUCGCGAUAGAGUCAUUCCAAGAGAGACACGAAGCGAGACAAGGAGUGGGGCGAGUUCUCGCGCGAGCUCUCGGGCUAGCUCACCAGGUGCGUCAAGGCUCAGACCUCGAACCCCUGUUCCAAGUCAUCUGAAGGCUGAUCCACAAACACCGAUUAGGAAGGACAGCAUUGAGCACCCUAACCCAUCUCGUAUACCAAUGCCUGUUCAGCAUAAACGGCUUCUCUCAGCAGAAGCUAGAGCAGCAUCUGCACGUAGUCAUUCCCUACCGGAUCUUAUCGCCAACAUGAUGGACUGGUGUCAACGCACAAUUAACAUCGAUAACGAUGCUAGGAGUUACACAAGUGCUGAUUCCAUGUCCCCAACACCCUCCUUGAGAACUGAUCAAGACUCGGGGUAUGAAGACAAUGCCCAGAAGGGCUCCCCCCUUUGUCCUGAAGAUCCUUACCAUCUCGGGAGACCAAGCAGGCCCAGCUCUAUAGCAGAGGGAGCAGAAGGGUUACAGCUCUUAGAUGAAGCAGUGGGAACUUCUGGAAUACAGCAUUAACAAAGGAGCAAUUAUGCCAUGAAUUAUUUUUAACAGGUCGCAUAGAUAUUUUCCAUUUUAAGGUCCUCAAUAAGUAGAGGACUUUUUUGAUCAAACUUGAUUGGUACUUAUUUCCCCUUUGUCCCAAAUUUUAAUCAGUCCUUUUGAUUUAUACAGAUUUUUGAAACAUACUUAGAUUUAAUACAACAUAGAGUUCCUGAUAUGUUAAGUGCGUGACAAAAACAAGUAUUAACUUUAAAAAUGUGAUACCAAAGGAUACUUUUUGCACAACUUUAAUUUUAAAAAUAUUAAUGAAGAUCAUUGAAUUAUGAGAUACAAGCAUUUAUAUUAUCUAAAGCUUAUUUUUGUGCUUAGAAUGGCCUAGUUACUUUCAAAAGAAACUACCUUAAAAGAGACAUAUACUCUUUAAGUUUAUAAGUAAAUAAAGUUUAUUUACGUCCAUUUUAUUAGUUCAUAAUAUCCCAAUCCUUUUGGGAUUCAUACAAGUGGUUAAUCAUGCUUGUAUUUUCAAGUAACCGCUGUGCAAUUGAGUCUGCUUUUGUGUAGUCCCAAAUGCUCGCAUUGUUCUCUAGUGAAGAAAGUACGCUCCUAAAUGUAGCCAUAAUCGUAACCUCAAAAACAUUGUCAAAACUCGAUGCACUUGUUCUGCCAUCCACUCUUCAUAAGCUACAGCUUCUCUUGGAGAUGAAGCUUCUCUUAAAUGCACUUCUUGUUCUAAUCAGAGACUUCUGAAUGGUAGGUGGCAGCAGACUUACCAGGUGAACUUCCAUUGUUUUCGUCUUUCUGAGCAUGCUCACACUGCAAAGAACAAUGGAUUUACCUGGUAAGUCUGCUGCCCUCUGGAGUGCCAAAAAGUCUCUAACUAAUAGUGACUGAAAGGUAAAGUCUGAAAACUUUGCAUUACAAACUGUACAUUUGUAAAAGCAUUGUGUGAUCACUUUUACAAAAUGAACAGCCAAAGUUUUUAAAUCACGUUAUUGUUUGUGUAACGUAAUACUUGACUAUGAGGGAAAAAGCCAAGCUUGCUUCUCUCAACUCUGCUUCGUGAUAAUUGUAUGUAUCUGUCCCAGCAACUGAAAUUAUGUCCUCGUUGCAGUUGUACCUAUGCAGUGUUUAAAAUGAGUGUUUUAUAGGCUGGUAUAAAUUACUUAAAACCCUAAAGUUUUCACUGCCUGAUUUGCAGUAAAUUGAACCUUUUAAAAUUUAACGCAAUAGCACAACAAUAAUCACGCACUGCACACUUUAAAUUGUAAAGUUCCCCCAGUAUUACAGAAUGGUUUUAAGAGUUUCGUCUCUGUUUAUGACAUAAAGACAAUUGUAUUUUGUCCUAAAUUUUAUGUAUAGUUUUUAACAACCAUGUCUCAUAUUGAUACUAUGGUUCAAAACAAUUUUGCGCCAAACUGAACUAAUGAUAGUUACCAAUGAUUUGUUUCGGAGUGUGGCAGCGGCUUACCUUGCAUUCCGUGGUGCUAAUAAUAUAACAAUAUUUUAAAUGUUUGUUCACCGCACUAUGCUGUUGCUAAGACAGUUUUUUAUAAAGUUUUACUGUGAGAGCUUUUAAAGAUAAGUGAGGUCGAAUUUUACGCUGCGUUUGUGAAAUAAGUAUUUUUUCUUUCUUUCCUUUUGAUUGAUACUCGCGUUCUACAUUCCAUUUUACUUUUGUUUCACCUGCUUCCAAGAACGUACCUUUUGAAGAAUAUUAACAAAAAUAUAAUAUUGCUCGCAUAGAACUUACACUGCUGCUGUCAUUAUGCAUUAACUAUGCAUAUAACAUCCAGAAUAUAAAGUGCCUUCUGUAGGCCUGAUAGUUUUAAAAUAUUUUAUUUGUAACAUGAUUCUGUUUUUCAAUAAUGUUAAUAUUUCCCCUUAAUUUAUGUUUGUUCAUCUAAAUUAUGCAAAGUAAUUUUUUAUGUUCUUUUAUGAUCUUUUUUUUAUAAUUCUCGCCGGAAAGCAGGAAUUUGAUGUGCAAAGCUAUGAGUGUGAUAUAAUGUAUUGGGAUGGAUGUGUGCGUCCGCGGUGUGUAACUAGUGUAAACAUUGUAAACAUGUAAAUUGUCGCAGAUUGAAUGAUAGUGUAAAAAAAAAAGUUUGCGAAAAGGUAAUAUUUUGGCGCAUAAGAUGGUACCAUGUGUACAAUGUAAUAUCAACAAAAGUAAAAGCAGUAUCAGCCAUAGUGUAGCAAUUGACUUCAUCUUGAAAAGCUGACUUAGAAAGAAGAGACAGCAUUCUGAAGUCCAUGCUGUACAUGUAGUUUGUUAGACUUGUGGACAAGUCGUUAUGUGUUUGACGCGGUGUUAGCGUUUCGACUCUCCCCGCGGUUUUCUUGCUAGACUGCUGGCCCCGGGAGACUACUGCUGUCAUGACUAUGAGGAGUAGAAGUCAACAACCAGCAGUUCGUGCGGGAGCAGUGAUCUGGUGAGAGCACCGCCACAACUCGACUAGCUCAUCGCGUGGGACUGUUAACGACUUGUCCACAAGUCUAGUAGUUUGUUGGUCACAAGCUUCACACUUGGGUCUUGUCCAAAUUGGCGACUACUGCGUGAAGCAUAGGAAGGCCAUAGCAACACCAUUAGCAACAUCUGUAGAUGUAAUUGGAUGUAGCCAAAGCCAGCGAUUCGGUACAACUCUAGUAAAAUAGUUUUUGCGAAAAACUCACUUUCUCUACUUGAUUUUUCUUUUCAAAUAAAUGUUGUUGCAUCAUGACACAAUAUUGCUGCCAUUUUUUCCCCAGAUUUCCCAACUUUAAGUCAAUUGUUAUCAUUCUUCUCAAUCAUGACACUGACUGGUUUAUUUUUACUUGCAGUCUUCGAUUGAAGUUGUAAAAUCAUCAGGAUUGCUGUUGCCAGGUAGCAGUGUUACUUAAAGGGUUUUCUGAACUUAACCACCAUCUUGAAGAUAAUAGAAAUAUAGAGUUUGCUGACAUCUAGAGUCCUCCUUCUACCACUUUUUUUCGAGCUUGAAAAAGAAAUACUUUAACUUAAAGAGGUUUAUGGUAACACCAUGUGAAUAUCUCUUUUUGAGUAGUGUUGGUUCUGAAAAGAACCAGUGGUUACCGACUCGGGAGAAAUACUUAUGAAUGUAGAGGUAAAGGCUUAAUUAAUUUAGAACUUGGCAGAAUCAACCUUCUGGAUGAAUUACAUGAGUGUGCUCCAAGGACAGUAUUCUCUUCAUUCGCUAGUGUUUUAAUACUUGUUCAAAUAAAUUGUAAACUGAAAUGAAAUGUUCUUUAUAUGGUAGAUGAAGAUGUUUAUAUCGAUAAGUUUGCAUGGUUUUACUGAAUGGAAGGAAUUUUUGAAAAUUUCUAGAAAUGGAGAGAAACCUGUCUAGAAAUUGUCAAGGAAGAUUGAUUAUUCCAUUGUAUAACUGACUGUUUACCAAAGGACUACUCUACCUUUAAGUUUAAGUCUGUACCUAUGUGAUUCGCAAGAGUUUGUUUGUGAAAAAUGUUGGUCAGUUUUCUUGUCAAUAAAUUGAGGCUGUUGGGAAAUGGA